CACGAUCAGCGAUUUCACAACAUGUCACAUGUCCUUCGGAAGCAAGGUUCAACAGUUAACCCGAUUUGCGUGUAUUUACAACAUUUACACCAACAGAAACUACACUGACCUGAACCAUGGCAGCCCAAAUUUCUGAAUCGGACCAGAUUAAACAGUUCAAAGAGUUCCUGGGAACCUAUAACAAGCUGACAGAGAACUGCUUCAUGGACUGUGUGAAGGACUUCACCACACGAGAAGUUAAAGCAGAGGAGACCACCUGCUCAGAGAGCUGCCUUCAGAAGUACCUGAAGAUGACCCAGCGAAUCUCCAUGCGUUUCCAGGAGUACCACAUUCAACAGAACGAAGCCCUGGCUGCGAAAGCUGGCCUACUGGCACAGCCUCGCUAGAAACCUGCUGAUCCUCCUCGUUACAGCUGCUCACAUGGACAGAUAGUAUCAGAGGAGUCACAGCCAACACAUCCUGGCUGGCCACAGCACUGCCUCGGCCCCCUUCGACACGGGGGAGUCUUGUCUCUGUGUAUGGUUGGACAAGUGGACACCCAACAUCAGCCUUGAACUUGCUGAUAGUUACCUCACCUCUUUGGGCCUGGGAUGAUGACUGCUUGCACACUUCUGUUACAGAGGGCUGCCAUGGUCCCAUAAGGUAAAGAACAGCCUGUAUCUGAUCAUGACACAACAUACUGAGUUGUUUUUUGUUUUGACCCUGGCGGAACAUGUAAGGAAGUAAGAAUUACCUUUUUGUGUGUGUUAUGUAAGUGUAGAAGAAUGUUAACCUGGAGUAUACAUGUAAAAAAAACCUUUGUCAAACUUUCAGUUGUACCAUUAAAUGUCUGUUUAAAUAUC